AUGGCCGCCAGCCUGGCAGCAGGGCUGGCCGACGCGGGGGUGUCGGUGGCGCGCUUUGGCGCCUGCACUACGCCAGCCAUGUUCAUGAGCUGCAUCCUGCCAGGCCACGAGUACGAUGGCGCUGUCAUGAUCACUGCCAGCCAUCUACCUGUCAACCGCAAUGGAGCCAAGUUCUGCACCGCUGAGGGCGGGCUUGAGAAGAAAGACAUCACCACGCUGCUGAUGCGUGCUGCUGAGCUGGCAGUGGAUGCAGGGCAGCUGCCGUCUGACCGCUAUAACGACCACGCCUUUGUGAUUACCGCGGCAUUGCAGGCCAGUAGCGCGCUGGUGCGGGUUGUGGAUUUCCUGCCGGAGUAUGCUGCCUACCUGCGCGAGGUGAUAAAGAAGGCCAUUGCAAACCCUGAGCACCCUGACUCACCGCUCGCUGGCUUCAAAAUCGUCGUCAACCCAGGCAACGGCGGCGGCGCCUUCAUUGCCGAUCAGGUGCUGGGCCCGCUGGGUGCUGAUGUGUCUGCCAGCAUUAAUAUGGAGCCAGAUGGCUCCUUUCCCAACCACACGCCUAACCCAGAGGACAAGAAGGCGGUGCAGGCGACGCGGGUUGCGGUGCUGGAGGCAGGCGCCGACUUGGGCAUUAUGCUGGACACAGAUGUGGACCGGAGUGGUGUGGUGGAUGCCGCCGGGAAUGGCAUCAACCGCAACCGUUACAUUGCACUAAUGAGCGCUAUCACGCUGCGGGAGAACCCCGGCGAGACGAUUGUUACCGACUCAUGCACCUCCAACGGCCUUGCCACCUUCAUCCAGCAGCUGGGCGGCAAGCACUUCCGCUUUAAAAAGGGUUACAAGAAUAUCAUUAAUAAGGGUGUGGAGCUGAAUCAGGCAGGCGUGCCCUCCCCCCUUAUGAUGGAGACCAGCGGCCAUGGCGCAAUGCGGGAAAAUUACUUCCUGGAUGACGGCGCGUACGGCGCGUUGAAGAUCGUGGUUGAGAUGGUGCGGCGGCAGCUGGAGGGCGCAGGUGACGUGGGGGACCUGCUCAAAGACCUGCGGGAGCCGGUGGAGGCAAUGGAGAUUCGCGUGGCCAUUCAGGCCAGUGAUGUCCGUAGCGAGGGCGAUCUGGUGACGGCGGCUUUCAAGCAGUGGGUUGAUGCAGGCUGUGGCGGCGCCGACCACUGGCAGCUGGAGCCGGAGAACUACGAGGGGUGGCGGGUACGCGUCACUGAGGAAGGCGGCAAAGAGGGCUGGAUUUUGCUGCGCCCCUCGCUGCAUGACCCAGACAUUGUCUUGAACGUGGAGAGCGAGCAUGUGGGCGGUAUGCGUGCCAUCCUGCACCAUCUGCUUGAAUUCUUCAAGGCUCAUCCAGAAUUCCAAGUGUGCACAGGGCGUGUGGAGGAGUUUGUUUAUGGCUAAUUCGCUUUUGGUUUACUUGGCUGGCUUGGUUGUAACACAUUGUGCUGAGCAAGCAGCGGGACAAGUGGACCGCGGCGGGCGGCGCCAUGCCCGGCCAUCCCAUCGCCACAUCGCUGACGGCAAGGGGCAGUGCGGUGGGGACAUUGAACCAGCACACAGACAUGCAUGUCCCAGGUCGCAGUAAGACGGACACACU